AAACGAUUUUAUAGGACUACAUGAAAACAAAAGAAAAAGAUAUUUUUAUGCUCUUCUUUCUGAUAGGAGUGUUUAAAACUUUUUGCUUGUGUCGUUGUUGCGGUUCUACCCUGUGAACAACAUGGCUGGAACUGUGAAGGAGAAUGACAGUGAUGCCCAGGUUACUCUGGAAGAUCAACAGAAAAUAAAUAAAUUUGCCCGCCAUAAUGCUAAAAUGCAAGACUUGAAAGAAGAGCUCGUUCAGAAAAAGAAACAGCUGGAGAACUUAGAGGAUGCCUCAGAUGAACUGCUGAUGCUAGAAGAUGAGCUGGUGCCAUAUCAGAUUGGAGAGCUAUUUGUGAGUACUAGUGCAGAGGAGGCCAGCCAACUUAUUGAGGCUUCCAAAAGUACUGUGAAAGCUGAAAUAGCCACCAUUGAGGCACAACUUGAGACUCACAAAAAGACCCUGUCAGAUCUCAAAGUUCAGUUGUAUGCAAAAUUUGGUUCUAAUAUCAACUUAGAAGCAGAGGAGGAUUAACAUCAUGCCAGUGUCUUCUGUGUACAUGUAGACUAUGUGACGAUCAUUACCAUUUGAAGAUUCUUCUGUGUUGAACAUUUUCACAAGGCCGUUUUCUUAAUUUUUUUUUUUAAACUAGUAUGUACUCUGUUAAAAAGCUGUGUGAGUUUCAGUGUGCUAUUUGGUUAAUGUGUGUAAAUGAUUUAAAUAAUGUACAUUUUACUGAUUAGUGGAGCAUCAAAAAGUUUCUAGGAUUCAUUUAUUUCUUUGUAAAUUAAAAAUAAAGAUGUAUGAAUCACUCACUGGAAUCAAACAGGUUCCACUUUUUUGUAGCUAUUUCAUAAGACUGCAUCAAUCAUCUUCAAUUCUCUGGGGAAGAAAUUUGCUUGUUUUUGUGUACACCCCUGUGACACUUCAUGCUGGUUUUCUACUGGCACAGGUUGUCAUCUAUGAGCUUUGUGUAUUGAACUCAAUCUAUGUGGUUUGUUUCAUACCACACAAAAUUUUUCAUGGUUAUGGGAAGAAACUGAAUUUUGAUAAGAAUAACCGUUUUGCAGACCGACAUUUAUUUCCCUUCCCUUUCAUACAAUGAUUUUUAUAAAGCAAGCACUUUCCGAUGGUAUACUGCAAGACUGUCUACUCACAUUCAAGAUGGUGUACCUCAUGCUAAAUGAUUAGUUUGGAUUAUAUUUUACACAUUUUUUGCUGUUUCUUCUUUGAUAAAAGUCAUAUCUAUAUGGUUUAUGUCAACUGAAGUGCAUAGUCUUUUGGAUGAGAAAUAGUGCCGAGCCACUAAAGCUAUAUCAGGACAAAAUGCAAGCACAAUAUGAGAUCUGAACUGCCUGCAUAGUCUGUUGGAAUGGAUGAUCCAAGUGUAGAUUGUCAUUCUGUGACUAAAUGACUUCAAAAAUUUUGCUUCAGGAACCUUUUUUCCAAUAUGAUUACAAAUUAGAAAAAUUCAGGCUGCAUUCAGUAGAAAAAUUUAGAUUCUCGUUAAUUUGUUACUAUUAAAUCAAUUUAACUUUUAUGUUUGUUCUUUUGUAGUUAAAAAGUGUUAUUUAAGAAAAGUAGUAGUUGAUGGUUGAGUUAAACAUGACCCUUAGUCGACAAAUUGUUUCAUUCAAAUGCGCUUGCAACCGUUUCACUGUUUGUUCAAAAGUGAUUUACAUGACCUACAUGAUAUGUGUUUUUCUGGUAGUAAUGAGGGUUGUAACGGCUGUAGGCAGCAUGUAUGACACUCUGAUCGCGUAGAGGAUUGUGUCCAGGUGGGUUGCCAAGGGGGUCUUUAGGAUUCACACUUCCCACUUUAAAGCCGGUAUACCCUGGUAUUUCUUCGCGGCUGCAACACAAAGAAUAAACUCAUAGGCAACAUAUAUGUAAACCUGGCUUAAUAAUAAUAUACGCAUACUCGUAAGGAUUAUGCUCGUAGCGCUUAAGAAUAAGAACGAGACAUGGAGAUCAUAGGAGGGACGGAAGAACAAACAUGACGACGGAAGGUAAACAACAGUACUGAUGAAUAAAGGACACAUUCUGAAAAUGCAAAGAGGAACUAAGUAAAAAAACAGAGUAUCGUGAUUGUGCAAAGGAAGACGAGUAGGGAAGCAGCAACAAGCGGAAAAGGCUGUGAAAAAGGACUAGCAUUUUGUGGACUGCUGUUAGGAGUAAUGCUUAAAUGAUGUGCGUUUUCAGUGCACAUUUAAAAGAUUCAAUUGCGGGUCGGUGACAGAUAUGGAAAGGGAGAGAGUUCCAUUGUUUUGCUGCACAGUAACUAAAAGUCUGAGUGACCCUAUUUUGUUUUGGUGACAGAAAUAGUUAGAAGGUCGUCAGACGAAGAGCGUAGUUGUCUGGCUAGAAAGUUCAGAGAAAUAGGACAGGAGUCCAGCAAAGAAAUUAAAACAGCGCGGAGAUGCGAGAGCGGAUGGGUAGACAAUGCAGAAAACGAAGGAGAGGGGUGGCACUACGGUCCCGUUUCCUUGCUGUAACCAUGUACAGCAGAGUUCUGGAGGUUAUUAAGAGCAGCCUGCAAGCAAGGAGUUGCAGUAAUCAACCUGAGAAAUAACAAACACACAGACGAGCGUGUUAGUAGAGAGAAUAUGACGGGAGAGCUGUAACUUGUUUAUCAAGAGUCAUGUCUGCAGUGACAAUCCCAGGCUUCCAGGGGCGCAACGAUUAUCGCCAGUCACCAAUACAGUGAAAGUUGGUUGUACUGGGUUCAACUCUCGUCUCGGCGCGCUGUUCUUUCGCUGCAUGUGGCAUGCUUACGGGGCUUUGUCGUGAUAUAGACGUAGUUGCUGGCUCGGCGUAAAACACCAAUCCUUUAUCUCGCUCCCCCGCCUGACUCCUGGUGGAGGACACAAAGGGUGAUGUUGAUUUCGCCCACCUUGAUGUGAGUUGGUUGACAGACGAGUGAAGGCUGAUUUCUUCUCUCGAGCAUAAACGGGUUUCCAUUUUAUCAUCGUUGAAUUUAAGUUUGUUAUCAUCAAUUCCUUCACGUCGCUAAUGAUAACUUCUAUGGUGGUAGUAGAGUGAGACAGCCGGUGGAGUGGAGCAGUACAGCUGCAUGUCGUCAUCAUAUGAUUGAUGGGAAACCUGUUGAGACUGAAUGCAAGAUGAAAGUGGCUUUGUGUACUAAAAGAACAGAACUGGGCCCAGUACUGAGCCUCGAGGGACCUCACAGGAAGGUGGAGCAGGGCGAGAUGUUUGUCCAUCACCGAAAGGUCGACCAUAUCAUCUGCGUCAUAUCACUGAGAAAGGAGCUGACCUGUGAUAGUGCGAGUCCAGAAAUUCCGUAGAGGGUGUGGGGUCUAUGAAGCAGAGAGUGGUCGAUAGUAUCGAAAUGUAUCAGACAGGUCCAGCAGAGUGAAGGCAAAGGCAGAUAAUAAGUCAGUGCUCACUUGAGGAAAUUAACUCUUUACAGUUCACUCAAACGUACGGUCAAAAUACAACCUGGGUGGCUUAGUAAUAAAACCUGAACUGUGAAAAUGAAUGUGGCUGUGCUACUACAGCUGACAGCUGUAACUAUUGUCCACUGAUUUCAGAACAUAUUGCUUUUUUAAACAUU